CUCGCCGCGCAUGCGCCGGCCGUUCACACGAGUUCCGCGGCCCGCUGGCGCGCGGCCCCUCAUGGCCAAGCGUCGCGCGGAGCCGCUGAUGUGUCACGUGCCCGUGAAGCGGCUGCUGCGCGAGCCGGCGCUGCCCCGCGCGGGCGAGCGGCGGCCCCGGGCGGAGCCGGGCUGCGCGGGCCCGGCCGCGCCCAAGCGCCCGCUGGAGGAGGCGGAGGCGCCGCCAGGAAAGCGGCUCGGGCCCGGCGGCCCCCGUGCUCAGCCGGAGGACGCGGGCGGCGGGGAGCGGCGGCGCGGCGGGACCGCGGCACCCCAGGGCGCGCCGGCGGCGGAGGGACGCGUGGGCGGCCGGGAUAAAGAGCGGGCCGCCGCCGCCGAGCAAGAAGAAUUCUGUCAAUAUAACUCAUUCCUGUACUGGAGAGCACCACUGCCUGCUAUUGAUUUGUCUGAUAUUCAGAACCUAGAUGAAGAGAGUUCAUCAGGCACUAAAACUGCUGCAAGGACUGAUACCACAGAGACUGAAAUGGAAACCUGAUCAGUUGUUUCAUAGCUGUGCAUCUGUUCCCGGGAAACUUGUUUCAGUUGAGAUUCAGGUUUUGUUCCUUGGCUGAAUGAUAAGUAUGCUUAUGCCAUCUUGGAGAAACUGUUGUGGCAGUCUUUAAAAGCAAAUCUGAGUUGCCUUAGAGGAUGGGAUAAAUGGUAUUGGGUACUUAACAGUAAGCUGUCUGGAGGUGUGCAGUAAGGAGGAACCAACAGUGUCUAACAAGAAUACUUGAAAAUGCAGAGGCAGACUAAAAGAAAAAUACAGAAAAUUAGAACUUUGGGAAGCAAUUAAAAUAAAUGGGGAUACGUUACAUGUCGAUAGGAAACGCAAAAUCAUUUUGCCCUUAACAAAAAAAUGUGUGGUACCUGAAAGAGAAAUAUGGAAUGAUUUAUCAUUUUUGUAUCAUAGAAACCACAAACUAGUGAUGUCUAAUGUGUAUUUUUUUUUGUAUAAUAGCUAAACCAAAAACUAAGAGUCCAUCAAAACUGGACAAAACAUUCCCUUUUCUAUGCAAACCAAAAACCAAGUGUGGCAGAGAAGGGGAAGGAAAAGGGGCUACUUUCUGCUGAAAGCUGUUGCUGUUCUGAAAGGUUUCACAUUCUCAUUUUGAAAAAGUUUUUUCACCUUCUCGUUUUCACAUUGUGCACAGCAGUGGACACCCAGUAUUUAAUGGUUUUAGUUUGUUUUCAAGUUAAUUCUAUUCUUAGUCUUUGUGACAUUGCUCUGAACCAGUUGUUAGCAUCUGAAUGACACAUUUGGGCAAAUGAGUCAAAGUUAGUGCAAUAUAAAAUGACCACACACUCUUUCAAACUUUACAGAAUGAGGUGUAGUUUUUGCAGAGACUGUGAAUCUUGCAGAAGUUCAUUCAAAUAGUGUUUUUUUGCUGUGAAAUACGAGCUUAAUGUUUGUGAUUUGCAAUUUAUUUACAAAUUGAAGUACAAUUAGAAAGACAUGUUUUUAAUAAUAGACUGAAGUUGUAUGGGAAGAGUUAGAUUUUGCAAAUACAUCUGUCAUUAAGGAUAGAAAACAUUGUAUUUUUUCUGUAAUCAUUAUGCAAAAAGGCAACUUUUGAAUUAUAUUUUUUUUUAAUAGUGUGCUUGCUAAAGGACAAUAAAGUUUUUCCUGUGUGUUUAUGAAAA